AUGGCGAAUGACAAGUCUAAAAGUUCAUCACCAGCUGCAGAGCCAUCACCUCCUAGAGAUGCUGAUAGUCCUGAAGAGGCUGUUCUUGAAGCAGGCGAUGACGACUCUGCACUUGGGGUUAAUGAAUCGGAGCGCCUAGAUCUCCAGAACCAUCAACUCCUCUUGACAUUCGGCGGUAAGAGAUAUUUCUCGCCCAAUGCCGACACAGCGAAGAGAGUCCUCGAUGUCGGAACCGGCACGGGGAUUUGGGCAGUCGAGUUUGCUGAUGAACAUCCCCAUGCCGAGGUCUUUGGCAUCGAUAUUGCUCCUAUCCAGCCAGAUUUCGUCCCUCCCAACUUUACUUUUGAGAUCGACGACGCAGAGAAGGAAUGGACGUGGACUAAGCCCUUCGAUUACAUCUUUGUUCGACUCAUGGUCGGUAGCAUAGCAGACUGGGACAAACUAAUCCGACAAUGCUACGACAACUUGGAACCCGGAGGCUGGCUCGAAGUCAUCGACCCCGUAUUCCCCGCCAAAUCCGAAGACGGCACCCUCAAACCCGACUCCCCCCUUCACCGCUGGGACGAACUAACCGCCAAAGGCGCCCUGGCUCUCGGCCGUCCCUUUGACGAAGGCGUCAACCACGAAAAGCGUCUUAAAGAAGCUGGCUUCAUCAACGUUACGAGAAAGGCGUUUAAAUGGCCUACUAACACUUGGCCCAAGGAUCCAAAGUUUAAGGAGAUUGGACUCUGGACGCUUGCUAAUAUCGAGAGAAAUCUUGAGACUAUUAGUAGCUUUUUGUUGAGGCAGGGACUUGGGAUGAGUCAGGAGGAGAUAGUGGUGUUUAUUGCGGAGGUUAGGGCUGAGAUGAGGAAUUUGAAAGUCCAUGCUUAUUGGGAGGUGUAA